AGUCCAUUACAAGGAGGCUGAGCCACCAAGGCCUAUUGAUCCGCGUGGAGGAGAAUGGAAAUCAUAUGCCCCAUUUUAGAUUGCAGUAGAUAAAAUUUCACAUAUUACUACAUCGCCGCGCCAAUCAAAGGCAAGUUCCUUCGGUUUCUCUCUGCGAAUUGUUGCAUCACUUCAUUCCCAGUUCGUCUGUGAGAGGUUGGUGGAAGAACUCGGGGCUGAAGAAUGCAAACGAAAGUCCAACCUUCCUGCAUUCUGUACCAACCCAAAGCCGCGCUCAUGGCGCACCCACCUACCACCACCACCAAUCACCAUGACCACCUCGAGUAUAAACCCGGGGGAGCCGGGGACAAGCUACCGCGAACACCGCGAGGUCCACAUUUAAGCCAAGGGCAAGCCCUCAACUCGCGAUGGCCGCCGCCCCCGCCACCUCUUCCGCCCCGUCCUUCUCCACCCCCACCAGACCGGCCUCCGAUCCCAGCUCCGUCCGCUUCACCAGGGCGUGGGGGAAGGGGGCGACGGCGGCGAGGGCCAGGAGGAUGUCGGCGGUGAGGGCGGAGGCGGUGGACGCGUCCAUCAGCCCGACUGUGAGCGCGCUGCGCCCGUCCAAGACCAUGGCGAUCACAGACCAGGCCACGGCGCUGCGGCAGGCUGGCGUGCCGGUCAUCGGCCUCGCCGCAGGGGAGCCCGACUUCGACACGCCGGCCUCGAUUGCCGAGGCUGGGAUGAAUGCAAUCAGGGAUGGCUACACAAGGUACACUCCUAAUGCUGGGACUUUGGAGCUAAGAAAGGCUAUCUGUAACAAACUCCAGGAGGAGAAUGGGAUAUCCUACAGCCCAGAUCAGGUGCUAGUGAGCAAUGGAGCUAAGCAGUGCAUCACGCAAGCCGUGCUUGCUGUUUGCUCACCUGGUGAUGAGGUUUUGAUACCAGCACCUUACUGGGUCAGUUAUCCUGAGAUGGCUACAUUGGCUGGUGCAGCUCCAGUGAUCCUUCCUACAAACAUAUCAGAGAAUUUCUUGUUAAGCCCAGAAAUACUUGCUGAGAAGAUCAGCGAGAAAUCGAGGCUUUUGAUUCUCUGUUCUCCAUCUAAUCCAACAGGGUCGGUAUAUCCUAAGGAUUUGCUUGAAAAAAUAGCCGAUAUAGUCAAGAAGCAUCCUAGACUGCUGGUUUUAUCUGACGAGAUCUAUGAGCAUAUUAUCUAUCAGCCUGCAACACAUACAAGCUUUGCCUCAUUGCCUGGAAUGUGGGAAAGAACAUUAACUGUAAAUGGUUUUUCCAAGGCUUUUGCAAUGACGGGCUGGCGACUCGGCUACCUUGCAGCCCCUAAACAUUUUGUUGCAGCAUGUGGAAAGAUCCAAAGCCAGUUCACCUCAGGUGCGAGUAGCAUAUCACAGAAAGCAGGGCUUGCAGCUUUAAACCUUGGGUAUGCUGGUGGCGAAGCAGUAUCAACUAUGGUCAAAGCAUUCCAGGAACGCAGGGAUUACCUUGUCAAUGGCUUCAAGGAAAUUCCAGGUGUGAAAAUAUCAGAGCCUAAGGGUGCCUUCUAUUUAUUCAUUGACUUCAGCUCCUACUAUGGAUCUGAGGUAGAAGGUUUUGGUACUAUCAGUGACUCUGAGUCCCUCUGCAUUUUUCUCUUAGAGAAAGCACAGGUCGCGCUUGUCCCAGGGGAUGCAUUCGGGGACGACACAUGUGUCCGCAUUUCAUAUGCUGCAGCGCUAUCCACGUUACAAACUGCUAUGGUGAAAAUCAAAGAAGCGGUCGCUUUAAUCAAACCCCGUGUCGCUGCCUAGUGAAAAAUGUUUAGUCUGUAAAUUGCAGUGAGAACUGGGCGACCUCCAUAAACUCUAAACUGCACUCAUGUACCAUCUCUUGCAUUGUUUUGACAGACUUGAUCUUUUUGUUGUUGGUAUCUGUAUCGUUAUGGAUUUAUUGCACCAAACUUCAAGCAAAUGGAAAAUUCAUGUCCCUUUCUUUUUAUGAAUAAGCUGGAUUGUGCC